ACAAGACGGAUUGGGGUCGUCACGGGACCAUCGACGACGCCUCUUCGAAGGCACUCUUAGCCAGCUCCAAGAGCGACAGGAUUCGUCGUCAUGGACGCCCGCUCAGCCACCCAAGACGCGACGCUCUACUUGCUCCACGCCGCCUUUGUCUUGGCCGUGGGAAACGACGCAACUCGUGGUCAUCGAGAUCAAUCGGCCUCAUCGUCGUCACAGCCUCUGCCUUUACUUGGGGCUACACAAGCCCGCAAGUUCUUACAAGCUGUGCUCGACCAGACGACGACCAGCGAGAUUGCAGAAGGGGCCACGGGUAAGCGACGACGCCUCGCAGGUGGGGGCGGCUGCGGUGCGAGAAGGUCGUUGUGGCUUGAAGGCGACGGUAGGAAGAGCGACUCUACUGUAGCGGCCACUGCAAGCAUCUGCAGCGCACUCGACCACCUACCAGCACAUUGGAGGUUGCACAAUGUCCUCUGCCAAGGGUGUGGGAGCAUAGCGCUACCUGGUAUCACAACGGCUUCGACACGCGGCAAGAGGCGGCGUGAUUUCGAUUGUCUCGUUUGCUGCAAAGGUCAUGGUGGUCAAGGCAGGAUGCGAAACGGAGGCUUUGCUGCCGUAGGCUUGCACGAUGAGGACGAGAAGGUCAUGAAGAGCAGCAAGGCUGCCUUCGCCUCGGCGCGUAAGCGAAGGACAGGUGCGAAAAGCCAUGGUUCGCAGCCGCUGAUGGCAACAAUCAUGGAGCCAAAGCCACCUCGCGGAGCAUCACGAUCGGCAUCCAUGACAUCUGCCUCAGCCAAUGCGAAGGGGAAGGAGGCGAGCAGAGAGCUCGCCACGGCUGCUCCGUCUCCGCCUGCUCCUUCUACCUCUGACAGAGCCUCAUCAUCACGCAGCGAAUACGUGGCCAAGCCUACGUCCCUCUCCUCAACAGCGAAACAGACGAACAAAGAUGUCCAGCCCGUGAGGCAAGCUCAGCAGCUUUCGGCGCCGACAUCUCCAUCCAAACCCCUUCUCAGAGGCGCCACAGCUGGCAGCGCCCCCGGCACGGAUCGCCACGAGAAGCGUCACGACCACAAGGCGGCGUUGCGUGCUAUGCUCUCAAAAGACAAGGGAAGCGGGACCGCUCGCGACAAGAAGAAGGGACAGCCCAAGGCGGACGGUAGUAGACAGGGUGGCGCGACGGGAGGAGGCGGAGGUGGGCUGGCUGACUUUCUUGCCGGCUUGUCGUGAUGAGGGGACCCAAGAGUCAUCUCCGGUACGUGAUGAGCGGUAGCUUCUUGCCGAAGGUGGCGCAGUGCAAGCCCAUCACUGAUCACGACGGGGUGGCGCCGACUAACGAACUUGACUCUUCGGGCCUCUGGUCACAACCCC